CUGCGUGUGAUCUGGAGCAGUUCAGUCAGUGUGUUUGGAGCUAAGCUGGGGAAGUGUGUGUUUUGUGUGUGUAUCGUGUUGUUAAGAGUGUGUGUGUGUGUGUGUGUGUGUGUGUGUGUGUUAAAAUGAGGAACAGUGGCGUGUAAUCAACAGGCCAGGCCCUGUGCUGAGUAAUGUAAGGGAGUCCCGGGCCGUAAGCCGACCCUGUGCACUGGAGAUGGACGACACCGUGGAGAGUUUGGACACCCGGGAGCUGGCCUUCGAGGACGAGGGGGAGGAGGUGGACUGUGAAUCUGAAGAACCGAACCAUGCAGGUGAGAGCUGCAUCUCGUUCUCGGCGGUGUAUGGAACUGUGGGCUUUAAAGAUACGGAUGCUCAGGUGUUCCUCAGGUCCACACCCAUCACUGCCAAAAUCCUGGAGGUGGAACGCUUUAUCAGAGCGAAGGACCGCUUUAACACCUCCAACCAGAGGAGUGAGUCCAGGACCAUGCCGGUGGUGUUCCGGAUUGAGUUGAGGCAUGGUAACUUUACCUGGGUGGUGAAGAGGAAGGAGAAGCACUUUGUGGAGUUACACCGAGAGCUGCUGCGCUACAAAACCUUCAUGAAGAUUCCACUGCCCUCACGCAGUCACACAGUGCGGAGGAAGAGUAUAAAGCAUGGUAAAGCUGGACAGAUGCCCAGUUUGCCACGUAGGCCGAGAGAGGAGCAAGUUUCCAGCAGAAGGAAACAGCUUGAGGACUAUCUAAACACACUGCUAAAGAUGCCAAUGUACCGCAGGUACCAUGCAACUAUGGAGUUUAUUGACGUGAGCCAGAUGUCUUUCGUCCACGAUCUGGGUCCGAAAGGCUUGGAAGGUAUGAUUCAUAAACGCUCAGGAGGUCACCGGAUCCCUGGAAUGAACUGCUGUGGUCGCAGUCAAAUCUGCUACCGCUGGUCCAAGAGGUGGUUGGUGGUGAAAGAUUCCUUCCUGAUGUAUCUGAAACCGGACUCAGGAGCCAUUUCAUUCGUUCUUCUGCUGGACAAAGAGUUUAACAUCAAGAUGGACUCUAAACUCACAGAGACGAAGCACGGGGUACGAAUCGACAGUCUGUCCAGGACGUUGGUGCUGAAGUGUAACAGUUAUAGGCAUGCCCGCUGGUGGGGGCAGGCCAUCGAGGACUUUGUCCGGAAAAAUGGAAAGGCUUUCCUGAGGACCCAUCGCUUCAACUCCUUCGCCGGAGAGCAGGAGAACAUACCCGCCAAAUGGUACGUGAACGGGAAGACCUACAUGGAGGACGUAGCGGACGCUCUGGAGGCGGCUAAAGUGGAAAUCUUUAUCACAGACUGGUGGUUGAGUCCAGAGAUUUUUCUAAAGAGGCCGGUGGUGGAGGGGAAUCGCUGGCGGCUCGACUGCAUCCUCAAACGCAAAGCUCAACAAGGUGUGCGCAUCUUUGUGAUGCUGUAUAAGGAAGUGGAGCUGGCUCUCGGCAUCAACAGUGAAUACAGCAAGAGAACACUAAUGCACCUACACCCCAACAUCAAGGUUAUGAGGCACCCUGACCAUGUUCAAUCUUCAGUCUACCUUUGGGCCCACCAUGAGAAGAUUGUGGUGAUUGACCAAUCAGUGGCCUUUGUGGGCGGGAUUGACUUGGCGUAUGGGCGCUGGGACGACAACGAGCACCGACUUACAGAUGUGGGCAGUGUAACACGCUCUGCUCAAAGCAUGGACCAGGUGGAUGGCGCGACACUUUCGGCAGGAAAGGGCGAGUCCUACUACAACGGCUCCACCUCUGCGUCUGUACAGUUGAAUAGUUUGCCCAAACUGAAGGGAAUCGGUCGGACCAGGAAGUCCCGGUUCAGUCUGUACCGUCACCUGCACCGACACGGCCUGCAUCACUCCGACAGCGUCAGCAGCUUCGACAGCUCAGACAGAGGUGGAUCAGUGCGCAGUCUGCAGACCGGUGUUGGGGAGCUGAUGGGUAACACACGGUUCUGGCACGGGAAGGAUUACUGCAACUUCGUCUAUAAAGACUGGGUUCAGCUGGAGAAGCCUUUCGAUGAUUUCAUUGACCGGUACACAACUCCCAGAAUGCCCUGGCAUGACAUCGCCUCUGUGGUUCAUGGCAAGGCUGCCAGAGACGUGGCCAGACACUUCAUCCAGCGCUGGAACUUCACCAAGAUCAUGAAGCCAAAGUACAGAUCUCUGUCAUAUCCUUACUUACUGCCCAAGUCCCACAGCACUGCCAACGAGCUCCCCUACCAAGUGCCAGGCUGCGUCCAGACCAAAGUACAGGUGUUACGGUCUGCAGCUGAUUGGUCAGCAGGGAUAAAGUACCAUGAGGAGUCCAUCCAUAACGCCUACAUCCAGGUCAUCGCCAAGAGCAAACACUUCAUCUACAUUGAGAACCAGUUCUUCAUCAGCUGUGCCGACAAUAAGCAGGUUUUCAACAAAGUUGGAGACGCCAUCAUCGAGAGGAUCAUCAGAGCUCACAAAGAGAAUAAGAAGUUCCGGGUGUACGUGGUGACCCCUCUCCUGCCUGGGUUUGAGGGGGAUAUCUCCACUGGUGGGGGCAGCGCUCUGCAGGCCGUCAUGCACUUUAACUACAGAACGAUGAUCAGAGGAGACAAGUCCAUCAUCUCCCAACUAAAGAAGGAGAUGGAUGAUCAGUGGAUGAACUAUAUCUCGUUCUGUGGGUUGCGGACCCACGCCGAGCUGGAGGGACGCUUGGUGACGGAGCUGAUCUACGUCCACAGCAAGCUGCUCAUCGCCGACGACAACACCGUCAUUAUCGGCUCGGCCAACAUAAACGACCGCAGUAUGCUGGGGAAGCGGGACAGCGAGGUGGCCGUUAUUGUGGAGGACACGCAGACACUGCUGUCUGUGAUGGACGGGCAGAAAUACCAGGCGGGGAAAUUCGCCCUGCAGCUCCGCCUGGAGUGUUUCAAAACAAUCCUCGGUGGGUUUCAGGACCCCACCAUAGACGUGAGCGACCCAAUCAGCGACCGCUUCUAUAAAGAGGUCUGGAUGACCACCGCCGGACGCAACGCCACCAUCUACGAAAAGGUGUUCCGCUGUCUGCCCUCCAGUCUGGUGCGGAACUUGCAGGAGCUGCUGAGUUUCCAGACUAAACCCGGGCUGGAUAAAGAAGAUCCUCUGAAGGCCCAGGAGAGCCUGAGGAAGAUCCGGGGCUUCCUGGUCCAGUUCCCACUGGACUUCCUGAGCGAGCAGAACCUGCAGCCCUCCGUCGGCACUAAAGAGGCCAUGGUGCCCACCGAGAUCUGGACCUGAGACCCAAACCGGCUCAAAUCAGCAGAAACUGGGACUAGAGACACUGUUUAAUAAUAUAAAGGGACUUAACGCCCUCUUCUGGACAAGCUGGGGAGAACGCGCCUGCAGAGCACAAUGAAGGGAAGCAGAUGAAGGCCAACCUGUGGACUGUGAAAGUGCCUUAGGGGGUCUGUAAACACCUCCACCUUAUUUUAUACCUGUGAUUAACUUAUAUCUGUGUUGUCGUCGUCGUCGUCGUCAUUCUGUGUAUAGUAACGUUGCGAAAUGAAUGAAAUUUAAAAUGAAUAAGUAAAUAUAUUAAUAUACAUAUUUCUAGAUAUUUGAACUAUAUAUUUUGGAAAGAAAUGUAUACACAGUGUAUAGAAAUACCUGGAAUAAUACCUCCAAUUACUCCAUUUUAAUAUUCUUAAAAUGAGAAUUACUCUAUAUAUUGCCUUCUAAUAAGCCAAUAUACCAUGUAUAUUCAUUAAAGCUGUUUAAUAUAGAAGGCGACUUAUUUAUACAGAUGCUAUAAUAAAACAAAGCAAUAAAAAACUGAAGGGAUAUUAUAUUAUAUACAGCUCUGGAAAAAGCUAAAUAAGAGAGCACUUAAAAAUAAUGAGUUUCUUUGAUUUUACCAAAUUGAACACCUCUGGAAUACAAUCAAGAGGAAGAUGGAUGAUCACAAGCUGAUUAUCAAACCACCAAACUGAACUGCUUGAAUUUUUUGCACCAGGAGUAAAGCAGCAUAAAGUUAUCCAAAAGCAGUGUGUAAGACUGGUGGAGGAAGAGAACAUGAUGCCAAGAUACAUGAAAACUAAAAACUGUGAUUAAAAACCACCAGGGUUAUUUCACCAAAUGUUGAUUUCUGAACUCUUAAAACUUUAUGAAUAUGAACUUUGUUGUUUUCUUUGCAUUAUUUGAGGUCUGAAAGCUCUGCAUCUUUUUUUUGUUGUUAUUUCAGCCAUUUCUCAUUUUCUGUAAAUAAAUGCUCUAAAUGAGAAUAUUUUUAUUUGGAAUUUAGGAGAAAUGUUGUCUGUAGUUUAUAGAAUAAAACAACAAUGUUCAUUUUACUCAAACCUAAACCUAUAAAUAGCAAAAUCAGAGAAACUGAUUCAGAAACUGAAGUGGUCUCUUAAUUUUUUUCCAGAGCUGUGUAUUAUAUAUUUACUCUGACAUCACUGAUGAAGCCAUUAUCUGUUCUUACUCUCCGCACCUUUUCUCAUUCAAUUCUUUAGCAGCGUUUUUGCACAUUAUAAUUAUUGUUUUCUGUUUCUUUACAGGUUGUUUGUACUAGUAAAAUGAAAUGUCUGUGAAAUUAUGAAUGACAAAUAAAUGUUUAUUAUUAUUA